AUGGAUGCGCAGUUGGUCGUCGCCGGAAACAGGACUCGCCCGGUUCACCAGGUGGUGUGUUACCGCAGAAUCCUGGUCACCUCCACCGGCGUGUGGCUGGGGAAGAAGCCGCUGUCGCACGCCCUCCCGCUGCUGCUGACGCAGGUCUCUCUCAUCUCCGCCAUCGCCGCCAUCACCCACUCCCUCCUCCGCCGCCUCGGCCAGUCCAGCGUCGUCUCCCAGAUCGCCGUAAGUCGCCGCCACCCUCUCCCCUCCAUCUUCUUUGUCUUCUUCUUCUCAUUCUUUCUUCUGCUAGGCGGGGGCGAUUGUGGGGUUCUCCGGCGCCGCCAGUGACCGGAGGGUGGCCGCCGCGCUGUUCCCGCCGCAGAGCAAGAUACAGUUCGACGUGCUCUCCGGCGUGGGGGUGAUCCUGUUCCUGUUCAUGGUGGGGGUGAAGACGGACAUGGGGAUGAUCGCCAAGUCCGGGAGGAAGGCGGCGGCGGUGGGGUUCUCCUGCACCUUGGUCCCCUUCGUGCUCAUGUCCUUCUUCGGCCUCCUGCUCCGGCAAUCCAUGUCAGUGGGCUUCAGGGAGGAGUUAGUAUACCAGCUGGCGGCGACAUGGGCGCGGACCUCCUACGCCGUCCUCUCCUGCGUGCUGGACGUGCUCAACCUGCUCAACUCCAAGGUGGGCCGGCUCGCCAUGUCCGCCACCCUGAUCUCUGAGUUCAACAAGGUGAUCGCCACCAUAGAGACGGCGCUCCGGCUGGGGAUGAAGGCGAAGAGCCAAAUGAUGGGGAUCGGCGCAUUCUUCUCCUUCCUGGCCCUGCUAGGGUUCAUCCUGCUGGUCGCUCGGCCGGUGACGCUGUGGGUCGUCAGGAGGACGCCGGAGGGGGAGCAGAUGAAGGCGGGCCACCUGCUGGCGGUGCUCUCCAUGGCCUUCGCCUGCGGGCUCAUCAACGAGGUCAUCGGCCACCAGUUCGCCACCGACGCCUUCCUGCUAGGGUUGGCCCUCCCCGGUGGCCCGCCGCUGGGGGCGACCCUCGACAGGAAAUUCGACACCAUGGUUUCGGGGAUCUUGGUGCCGCUGUUCAUGGCGGGGGCCGAUUUGAGGAUGAACGUCCACGCCAUCUCUGACAGGGCGCGCUGCGGGUACGUCGUCUUCUUCGUCCUCCUCGGCGGCGUGGGCAAGGUAGUCGGCGUGCUGCUGCCCUCCAUGUACUGCAAGGUCCCCCUCCGCGACGCGCUGACUCUAGCUCUGAUGAUGAACACCAAGGGCAUCUUCGAAGUCUACGUCCUGAAUUGACGCCGACGUGAGUGAAAAAAACAGAGUUGAUCAAACUCACAGAGCAGCAGCAGAGGUGGAGUUGACCCAGAUCGUGUGUCCUGUGGCCGCAGAUCGUUGACGGGCAGAUGUACGCGGUGAUGGUCCUCUGCGUAGUGGCCUUCUCCGUCGUCACCAACUUCCUGGUGAAGAUCACCUACAAGCCGUCGAUGGAUUACCUGGUCAACAAGAGGAGGACCCUCCAGCACUCCAGGAUGGAAGCGGAGCUGCGGAUCUUGGCCUGCAUCCACACCCAGGAGAACGUCGUCCCCAUCGUCGAGCUCCUCAAGACCUGCCUCGCCUCCUACAGGAAGCCCAAGGGGUCUGCCGGCGGCGCCGCCGAGACGGACCACAUCAUGAACGCCUUCAGCUUCCUCCAGCAGGAGAACAAAGGGUCCAUCUUGGUGCUGCCCUUCGUUGCCAUCUCGCCACAGGCCACCAUGCACGACGACGUCUGCGCGCUGGCUCUCGAGAAGAAGGCGUCCUUCGUGAUCCUCCACUUCCACAAGAAGAUGGCCAUCGACGGCAGCAUGGAAACGGUCGCAGCCCUGAAAAACAUGAACAUCAACACCCUGAAUUACGCGCCCUGCUCCGUCGGCAUCCUCGUGGACCAGGGACCCUCCACAGCCGACCACUUGCUGUACCACAUCGCCGUGUACUUCCUCGACGGGGCAGACGACAGGGAGGCGGUGGCGUUCGCCAUCCGGGCGGCGGAGAACCCGACCACCGGCGUCACAGUGGUCCGGUACCGGCUUCCCAGAGAGUGGAGGGAGCCCUGCGCAGAGGAGGACCUGGACGACGAAAUGGUGAGCGAAUUCAGGAUGAGCACAAUACAAAAUCACAGGGUGACGUACCGGGAGGAGGUGGUGAAGGACGGCCAGGGGACCAUCGGAGUGAUCCGAUCUUCGAGCAGCUACUUCAGCCUGCUGGUCGUCGGGCUGCGGAAGGGGAAGAAGUCGCCGCUGACGGAGGGCCUGUCCCUGUGGAGCGAAUACCCGGAGCUGGGAGCCCUCGGCGACGUUCUCGCCUCCACGGACUUCGGAUGCACCGUCUCCACUCUUGUGGUGCAGCAGCAGACCAGGGUGGGAGUGCAGCAAUCGGAAGGGGCCCACCGUGACAAAGAGUUGUCCGCCAGUCUCAGUCUCCGCAAACGCUCCACGCCGAGUUAG